GCUCUCAAAGUGGUUCUAUUUAUACCCUCACCAUCUGAAGAUUAAACAGGAAAAGUGAAAAAUUGGCAUUCAACCACAAAAGCAAACAGUAGGAAUCUUUUGAUAAUAAAAAAAAUUUCUCAAGCAAAUACAUUCUCUUCUCUUCUCUUCUUUUCUCUACUCCUCUCUGGUCCAACUUGUCGCCUCUCUUUCCUCUUCGUUUUUUCAAAUUCUUUCCCACCCUGCAAAACUACCCAAAUUACUCUGAAACAGAGAGACUUUUCAGGGAUAAUCACUUCUGGGUUUCGCAAUGCAGACUAGAACAGUACAAGUAGGGAACGUUUCAGAUCUAGCCAGUGAAAGAGAGAUUCAUGAGUUUUUCUCAUUUUCUGGGGAUAUUGAACACAUUGAGAUCCGCAGAGAUACAGGGCAAUCAAAGACUGCAUUUGUUACAUUCAAAGAUCCAAAAGCCCUUGAAAUUGCGCUGUUGUUAUCGGGAGCAACAAUCGUGGACCAAAUUGUUAGUAUAAUUGCUGCUGAGAACUAUGUUCCAAAAGAUGAUGUUAGGGAAGUAAGGAUGGCAGACACUGUUGUGAGCCUGACUCCGGAAAAUCUUUCACCAAGUUCUGAGCAGGAAAAAUCUAGUUCUCCUAGCAACGGAAGAGUGCAUGUAAGUAAAGCUCAAGUUGUUGUUUCCAGUAUGCUAGCAAAAGGUUCAGCCAUCAGCCAAGAUGCCAUGAACAAGGCUAGAGCAUUUGAUGAGAAACACCGGUUGUCUGCCAGUACAUCCGCCAAAGUCAUCUCCUUUGAUAGGAGAGUUGGUCUUACGGAGAAAUUAACGGUUGGAAUUUCAGUUGUGAAUGAGAAAAUGAAGUCAGUGGAUCCAAAGCUUCAGGUGUCAGAUAAGACAACAGCAGCAUUGAUGGCGGCAGAGAGGAAGCUUAAUGACACGGGAUCGGCUGUCAAAUCAAGCAG